AUCUUUUCAUUUUUUAUAUGUACUGAAACACUGCAGCAAUUUAAUUAAACCAAUAAAAACCUUAACUUUAUCAAUUUCAAUGGAGUUUUCAAAUUUUGUUGACACUUCUUUGGAUCUCAAUAGUAUCAAUCCUCUCAAGCUCAUCAACAAAUCAUCUUUCGAUUUUAUGGGAAUGAAUGUCUCAACAAAACAUAAACAACAGCAACAACAACAACAACAACAACAGACAAGUGCUCUAAAGGAGGAACUGAAUCAAGUGAAAGCUGAAAACAAAAGAUUAGCUGAGAUGUUAACUGUAGUAUGUGAAAACUACAAUGCUUUAAGAACUCAUUUAACAGAGUAUAUGAACAAGAAUCCAGUUCAAGAAACUAUGGUGUCUUCAAAGAAGAGAAAAUCAGAUGAAGUCAGUGUUGUUACUUAUAAUAAUGAAGACAAAAGCUUAAUUAAGAAGUUCAAGGUUCAUAAUGUUAUCAAUGGUGGAAAUUCAGAGAGUGGUUCAAGUGAUGAAGAUUCAUGUAAGAAGAAACCCAAAGAAGAAGAACAUAUCAAAGCUAUCAUCACUAGAUCUUAUGUCCGAACUGAUCCUUCUGAUACUACCUUGAUUGUUAAAGAUGGAUAUCAAUGGAGGAAAUAUGGACAGAAAGUUACUAGAGAUAAUCCAUGUCCAAGAGCUUAUUUCAAAUGUUCAUUUGCUCCAUCUUGUACAGUGAAGAAGAAGGUUCAGAGAAGUGUAGAAGAUCAGUCUCUUCUUGUAGCUACAUAUGAAGGUGAUCAUAAUCAUGCAAAUCCAUCAGGGGUGAAUAAUUCCAUUCACCGGAGUAACAGUAGCUUGUCACAAACUGUCACUGCUCCGGCACGGUCGCCGGCCGCCGCCAAACCCACCACCACCUCCGCAGUCGUCAACAAGCAGAACCCAAUUGGUGGAAGUUCAAUUGAACUUCAACAGUUGUUGGUUGAACAGAUGGCUUCUUCACUUACUAAAGAUCCUGGUUUUAAAGCAGCUUUAGCAACUGCAAUCUCAGGGAGGUUUCUUCAGCCUAAUAGUAAUAUGAUGAUCAAUACCAAUCAACUGGAGAAAUGGUAGAUCAUUGUUAAGUAUUUUUAGUUUGAAAAUUGUCGUGAAAUUGUAAAUACAGUUUGAAAUUUAUACAUUAUUAGGGGCUUAGUUUAGGAUGGAACUCCAUUUUUGGUAUGAAUUUAGCUACUUUCCUUUUGAGGAACACACAAUUAAUGUUUCUCCCAAGAAAAAUGAAAUAUCAACUCUGCUUCUGGAU